AUGGAUGGAAAGAAUCAAACCCUCAUAACUGAAUUCAUCCUGCUGGGGUUCUCCAACCUCCUGCACCUUCAGGGUCUGCUGUUCUGCAUGGUCCUGUUCAUGUACAUGGUGACAGUGAUGGGAAACACCCUGAUCAUCCUUGUCAUCACAGUUGACCCCGCUCUCCACUCCCCUAUGUACUUCUUCCUCGGGAACCUGGCCUUCAUCGAGAUCUGCUUCACCUUGGACACGGUGCCCAAGAUGCUGGUGAACCUCCUGGCGGAGGACAAGAGCAUCUCAUUUGCUGGCUGCGCAGUGCAGAUGUACUUCUUUUUCUUUUUUGGCUGCGCAGAGUGCUUCCUUCUAGCAGCCAUGGCAUACGACCGCUACGUGGCCAUCUGCCACCCGUUGCGCUACAACAUCCUCAUGAACCAACGGGUCUGCCGCAAGAUGGUGGGCGGUGCCUGGGUGAUCGGAGUUCCUGUCUCUCUGCUGCAGGCAGCCUGGAUCUUCAACUUGCCCUUCUGUGGCACCAACGAGGUCAAUCAUUUCUUCUGUGAUGCUCCUCCAGUGCUGAAGCUGGUCUGUUCCGACACCUACCUGUAUGAGAUGCAGGCUGUCGCCUCCACGUUCCUGUUCCUCAUGUUCCCCUUCAUGCUGAUCGUGGUCUCCUACGUCUGCAUCCUUACGACCAUCCUGAGGAUGCCAUCAGCUGAGGGCAGGCGCAAGAUCUUCUCCACCUGCUCCUCCCACCUCAUUGUGGUAACCUUGUUCUAUGGGAGCGGCAGCCUGGUGUAUCUAAGGCCCAAGUCUAGCUACUCCCCAGAUAUCAAGAAGCUCCUUUCUCUGUUCUACACGGUCCUCACACCCAUGUUGAACCCCAUCAUCUACAGCCUGAGGAACAGUGACGUGAAAGGGGCUCUGAGAAGAGUGAUAGGGCGGAAAUUGUUUUUGCAGAAUUAG